AUGGCCUUGCUUGUUCUUCUGUUUGCCCAUUGUUUGACCAUGAGGUCGGCGUCGUCCAUUUGCCCCUGUGAUCAUCUGUUCCCCAUGUCGAGCCGUGCAACGAGUGCUGUAGUGUCCAUUUGCUCGCUGUUUGUUCUUCUGUUUGACCAUUGUUUGACCAUGAUGUUGGCGUCGUCCGUUUGCCCGGUACAAGUCAUCCAAGUCCCAAGCCUUCAUUAUCGCAUUCAUCAAGUCGGACGCAUCAAGAUUCACACAUCCUGUCAGAGAUGUCAAUUCAUCGUCAAGUCGGCCCAGUUCAAGUCAUCAUGCAACCCAAAGUCUUCAUUAUCCCAUCCCAUUCAUCAAGUCGAUCACAAUGAUAAUUCAAGAUUCACAUGUCCUGUCAGUGACGUCGAUUCAUCAUCAAGUCGGUCCGGUUCAAGUCAUCAUGCCAAGCCUUCAUUAUCCCAUCCCAUUCCAUUCAUCAAGUCGAUCACUGAUAAUUCAAGAUUCACACGUCCUGUCAGAGACGUCCCUUCAUCAUCAAGUCGGCCCGGUUCAAGUCAUCACACAACCCAAGCCUUUUCUCCGUAUUGUCAGUCGAUGCUAAGAAGAAAUCCCCAGCAACGUAUCUUCCCUAUCAAGAUUUGUGGCGAUUUCCUUCGGUUACCUUCCUGGCUGGUCGGUGGAUGCGUGAUAUUCUUUUUGGAGUUUGGGUGGUCCUUUCUUCCGGUUGGCUGGCUACGGUAUCCCUUGUUGGUGUAA